GAAGUGAAAUCAAAUGUCAUUUUCCCACUGAAUAUUGUUUUAUAAAAGUAUUUUUUAAAUAUGAAGAAAACUGAUGCUUUUCGUACACUAGAGAAAGGUGAACGUGUAACUAGCGUAUACGCACAAACUUACUUAAAUGAUGAUUAUUGUGUAGUCAACAGGCCAACUGAGAAAUCUGACCGGGAGUCAGAAUCUGAAGAACCGGGCGCAGAAGAUGUGUGGAUUUCUCCUAGUGAUUUAUUAAUUGGUAUUGUAGAUUUAAAACCCCCUUUUACCUCUAAAAUAACAAGAGGCAUUACACACCAAGGCAUUCUUAAUAUAGGCAAUGAUGUAUUGGAAAAAGAACGUGUCAGAUUUUUAAAGUAUAUGAGUAACGUCAUCAGCGAAAAUGAUGCUGCAUGGAAUUAUAUAUUGGAACAUGAAAAAGCUACUGUAGCAAAAAAAGUAAAAGAAAUCUAUCAUAAUAUUUUAAUGGAAAAAAGUAAAACAUUAUUGAAAGAAAUAAAUAUAUUUUAUGAACAAAGUUUACAAGAACUAGAAGAUAACCUGCGAUCCGAAGUUCAAAAUGUAUUGGUAACUGCGCAUGCUAAUAUUAUCAGUGAUCUUAAUUUUGAAAUAAAAGAUAAACUGAAAAAAGAAAGACUCAUUUUAGAAGAUGUUCUACAGAAAAGAUACGAUAGUGAAGUAGAAAAAAUAACUCACUACUAUAAAUUGCUUUUAGAUAAUGAAAAUUACAGAAAUCAAAAACUAAUCAAUCACGCAAUAUUUGAAAGAAAUGAUGCCCUUAAAGCUUUCUACAAGCAGAUAGAGGCGCAAAACAUUACGAGUACUAUGUAUGUUAUGUGCACCGAACGAAAGAAAUGUAAGAUUCGAAAGUUUCUUCUAGAGAAUAUCCAUAGUAGUGAAAUUGCUGAAAAACUACAAAAAAUUAAAGAACGUCAGGCAAUUAUUGAUUCUUUCAAAUCAAAGGAAAAGCAAAUAUCUGACAUCAAUAAGGAAUGGGAAAUCAAAAUAAAAAAGAUACUGCAACUGUUUUUGAAGUUUGUCAGUUUUAGUUUAAAAUUGCUUCCUGAACAAACAACAUUUUUGCUUGAUCUGGAGAAAAUGGUUGUCUUACAACUAAACGAAAUGCAAAAAGCGCCUAUGAAGAAUACGUCCAUCUUAAUUGAAAAAGAUGAAGAGAAUAUUUUACAAUUUGAACCGCCUAAAGAGAAAGAUAAUGUUUGCGAUAAAGAGCCAUUUGUAAUUGAAGGUGACCUAAGUGAUCCUGUUCCACCACAAUACGGUAGUAGAGAAACCUUAGCAUCAGAUGUGGAACUUCCUUAUAUGCGACUUCAGAGGAAGUUUGUAUAUGCCAAGUGUGGCAAAAUGGAUGAAGUAAGGGCAUUUCUAGAGUCACAAAGAUGUAAGUGUCGUGACCCACCUAAAGUUCCCGAGUCAAUAGAAGAAGAGGAAACUAAACCUACUAAGGUUGAAGUGGAGGAGGAAGCUAAAAGUGAGGCCUCAUCAUUUGAACCUUUACUAUUGGAUAAUAUUGAAAUACUUAAACACUGUCCUGUAAGAAGAUGUCAAGACUGGGUCAAUCGAUACAGUUUUCCGUAUUUGUCUUCCUACUUGGAUUUUACUGAAGAAAAUUAUACGAGGGUGAAAACAAUUCUGGGUAAAUUACCCGAUCAAGAACCCAUUCCGGAACUUCUAGAUCCCACAGAAAUGAUCAAUCAAGAGUUGCCAUUUGCUGCUACUAAAGAACCGUAUCAUAAUGUUGGAACACAAUACUCCAGCCAAGAGGAUGUUUCUAUUAAGUUUACAUGUCCUUGCAUGGGUGAAGCUGAAAAUUUGCCUAUCCCGGAUACCGAACCGAUGAAGAAAUCUGAAAGUAGCGAAAUUAAAGAUAUAAUUGUGAAAAGGCAACAAUCAUUCGAACGAAUUUUACAGGAACAUCCUAAACUGCUGAAACUGUUCACGGAUGAGAGUUUUGAUUUUGUUUAUACAGUUAAAUAGGUUGGUGUUAUAAUAUCGCUUACAUUUAUUUUGAAUAUUGU